AUGGCCACUCCCAGAGCUGGCGGCCGCUACGUCAGGUUGGCCUUGUUUGCCAUCGUGUUACUUUUCUGUGGCUACUCGCUCAAUAGAGGCUCGCCUAUCUCCAACAAUGGUGCUGCCUCUGUCAUCCCUCGUAACGACCAGGGCACGUCUCCGGAUGGUCCUGAACAAGUUGUGGUUGAACACGGCGAAAAGGCCGAACCUGUUGACAACCAAGAGGAUUCCCACGCUCCCGUCAAGUCAUCUAACAAGGCUGCAGGUGCCAAGGGUACUGUGAAGGCUGCUUUGGUUGCGUUGGCCAGAAACUCCGAUAUCGCAUCCAUGUCCAACUCCAUCAAGCAGAUUGAGCAGCGUUUUAACAAGAACUACAACUACGAUUGGGUUUUCUUGAACGAUGAGCCUUUCGACAGCGACUUCAAGAAGGCCAUCUCUGCUAUUGUUUCUGGAGAGGCCAAGUUUGGUACCGUUUCUAAGGAACACUGGUCUUACCCAGAUUGGAUUGACAAGGAGAAGGCCGCCUACGCCAGAGAAGACAUGGUCCAGAGAAGAAUCAUUUACGGAGGUUCCGUCUCUUACAGACACAUGUGUAGAUACGAGUCCGGUUUCUUCUAUAGACACGAGUUGAUGAAGGACUACGAGUACUACUGGCGUGUGGACCCAGAUAUCAAGCUCUAUUGUGACAUUGACUACGACGUGUUCCAGUACAUGAAGGACAACAACAAGAAGUACGGUUUCACUAUUUCUUUGCACGAGUACCAGGAAACCAUUCCAACUUUGUGGGAGACCACCAAGGAGUUUAUUGACGAGAACCCUCAGUACCUUGACGAGGACAACAACAUGGCGUGGAUUUCUGACGACAAGGGUAAGAGCUACAAUGGUUGUCACUUCUGGUCCAACUUUGAGAUUGCCUCCUUGGACUUCUUCCGGUCUGAGGCUUACAACAAGUACUUUGAACACCUCGACAAGGCAGGAGGAUUCUUCUACGAGAGAUGGGGAGAUGCACCAGUGCACUCCAUUGCCGUUUCGCUCUUCAUGCCUAAGGACCAGAUUCACUACUUCAACGACAUUGGAUACUUCCACGUGCCUUUCACCAACUGUCCUGUCGACGAAGCCACCAGACUGGCUAAGAACUGUGUGUGUCAGCCAAAGAAGGACUUCACCUGGAGAGGCCACUCGUGUACUCCAAGAUUCCAUACUUUACUUGGAUUGAAGAGACCAAAGGGUUGGGAGAACUUUACUGAGUAG